UGUCAAAACAGUGGACACCCCUCAGUUUAAUCAGACAAUUGAAAUAUUCAUCAAUUAGUCAUAAGACACCAUCAAUCGUAAAUCAGAUAUGGACCAAAAUAAUUUGUCAAAGUAUGUUGAAUGUAUUUAGCAAGUUUUGGUCUCAAGAUUCACCAUGUGGGCCGUACUUUAGCCUCCAACCUACCACAAACCAAGUACGCCAUUGAUAACUGCCCCCUCCUUUACUCCCCUUUCUUUCAUGUUUGUUUUGGGUCAUAAUAAAUUAGCUUGUAUAUCCAGAGCUAAGUUAGCCGUGAAACUCUUUUCUUUUCAUGGUUACUUACCUCAUUAACCACUCGAAUGGUCUUCAUUGACAUGGUAGAGUAGAGGGCUUUCUUAACCCGCCACUCUCAAUGUGUAGUUUUAUCGUUCAUCUGAUAGUUUUGACUUGGUCAGAAUAACAUAUAAAGUUUGGCUGGUUAAGCUUGAGGCCAUUAGUUAACCCCAUCUUAACCUCCAAGCCAACACUGAAGUUUUGCUGAAAUUUGUACAAGUAGUAGCUUCACAUAAUUAUGUUAGGUGAUAAUUAUUUUUGUAUAUUCUUCUUGUUGAGCAUUAAACUGUAUUGUUUACUAUGUAGAUUCAGAAACAGGAUUCUGGUGAUGUAUAUGAUGAAAUGGUUCUAGAGAUGGAGGAAAUUUUGUUAGAUACAGGAAGUGGAACCAGGCCUGUGGCCAACCAUCAGUACUUAAAUCAUCAGUCUCAUCAUUUCAGAGAUGGGAGCUCUACCGCUUCUACUUCUGGCACAGAUGAUAUUAAUCCACCUCCUCAAUUCCCUUCCAGUAUUGAUUGGGUUGAGGCCAUUGGAGCAAAACAGAAAAUAGGAGAUGUUUCUUUUGGGGAAAGAUUGGUUGGUGUCAAGCAAUAUACUGUGUACAUAUUAAGAGUGUGGAGCGCUAAGGAUCAAUGGGAGGUUGAACGACGCUAUCGCAAUUUCUUUGCACUUUACCAGCAGCUAAAAACUCUGUUUUCUGACCAUGAUUUAAGUCUUCCUUCUCAAUGGUCCUUUGUUGAGAGAGAAUCCAUGAAAAUAUUUGGAAAUGCUUCACCAAUUGUUGUCAGCAAUAGAAGUGCUCUUAUUCAAGAGUGUUUACGCUCAGUUCUUAAUUCCAGAUAUCCUUUUGGAUUUCCUAGCCCUCUACUUUGUUUUUUAUCCCCAGGCAAGGUGGCUAUUAACUCUAAUUUGUUGAAAGCUCUAGUUCCUCAAUCGUUCAUAAAGUUUGGGGAGGGUUGGAAUUCAAAAUUUUCAACUUAUAAGGAGUCUCCAGAAAAUAUUUCUGAAUUAGGGAAGACAAUACCACUAAUCGUUAGCAUAAAGCCUCAAAAGUCUAUGCAAAAGAUGUUGGAAUUACAACACUAUACUUGUGCAGGAUGCCACAAACAUUUGGAUGCUGGAAAGACAUUGUUGAGGGAUCUUGUUCAGACAUUAGGUUGGAAAAGGCCACGGUUUUGUGAGUACAGUGGCCAGUUAUUUUGUGCAACAUGCCAUACAAAUGAUACUUCGGUUCUGCCAGCAAAAAUCUUGCAUCUCUGGGAUUUUUCUCUUUAUCCAGUUUCUCAGCUAGCAAAAGCAUAUUUGGAUUCCAUUUAUGACCAGCCAAUGCUAUGUGUGAGUGCAAUCAACCCCUUUCUGUUCUCCAAAGUGCCAGCUUUGCUUCAUGUUAUGGGAAUCAGGAAGAACAUAGGUGCCAUGUUCCCUUAUAUUCGCUGCCCUUUUCGAAUCUCAAUUCAGAGAGGCUUUAGAUCUCGUUGUCAUCUUCUUGAAAGCAAUGAUUUUUUUGCACUUCGAGAUCUUGUUGAUCUAUCAAAAGGGGCAUUUGCAGCACUCCCUGUCAUGUUAGAAACUGUUUCGAAUAAGAUCCUGGAGCACAUAACGCAACAGUGCCUUGUGUGCUAUGACACUGGUGUUCCUUGUGCCGCCCGUCAAAUCUGUGAUGAGCCAUUGUCUCUUAUAUUUCCCUUUCAGGAAGCUGAAGCUGCAAGAUGUAAUUCGUGUGGGUCCAUCUUCCACCAGCCUUGUUUCGUGAAGAUGAUCAGCUGCACUUGUUGCAAAUCAACCAAUGCAGCCGAGAGUUUGGAUAUCCGAGGUCAUGUAGAAAGUGAGAAGCCAUUGGCUGUGCUCGCCCAACCUUCAAAGUCUAGUCCAACUUUGAGUUUGUUUUCUAAUAUUCUGUUGAAGGCAAGUCCAGACUUAAUACGGAGGCCUAAAGACAGAAGCCCUGCAAUUUUCAUGGGCUCUUUAUCUUUAUCAAACACUUCAUUGUAUUGACAGCAGUGUAUUCUUUUUACUGCUCGAGUAGUCGAGUGUUCAAGAUGUAAAUAGGCUUAAUGUAUUCUUUGUAAAGUGUAACUAAAUAACAACAUGAAGCCAUGUAAAAGUUUUUGUUGCAUCUAUUGGAUUCUUGGGAAUA